CACACUUGCUCACCAACUCGCACUCACAGCAAGCAGCAUCCACCAUGCUCACGGCGUUACUCGUAGCCCUGGCGCUCAGCGGGGCCGUCGCCGCGGCGCCAGCCCAACAGGCACCGCUCCAGCCCCCCGCGCCCGCCGCGAGCCCCCGCCCCCUCGUUAUAUGGCACGGACUCGGCGACACGGCCCACAGCGAGGGCAUGGACGCGUUCGCGGAGCGCGUGCGCGAGCUGUACCCCGGCAUCUAUGUGCACAAUGUCGUGGCGCCGCGCGACGCCAGCAGCUCGGAGGAGAGCCGCGCGGGGUGGUGGGGCAGUGCUGUCGGACUCGGUGAGGACGUGUGUGAGCAGCUCUCGGAGAUCGACGAGCUCGCUGGAGGGUUCGACGCGAUUGGGUUCAGCCAGGGCGGGCUGUUUAUCCGCUACUAUGCGCAGUACUGCAACGACCCGCCAGUGCGCAACCUGAUCACGUUCGGCUCGCCCCACUUUGGCAUCGCAGCCCUCAUCCCCUGCCCCGACCCGCCGACGGUGGCGUGCACGCUCGCGGCGCGCGCAGCCAAGGCAGGCAUCUACACGGGGUGGGCGCAGCGCAACCUCAUCCAGGCGCAGUACUACCGCGAUCCGGCGCGGCUCGACGAGUUCCUGCUCGCCAACCAGUUCAUCCGUGCUUUGAAUGGCGAGGGCGGGCUGGACGACGACGGCGAGCCGACGGGGCGCGAGCAUGGCGGCUUGGGGCUUGGGCAGGUGGAGAACGUCGUGGCGAUUGCGUUCGACGAGGACGAAACCGUCGUCCCAGGCCUCUCAGCCCACUGGGCCACAAUCGACACGAACAACGCGAGCACCGUCGUGCCCCUCAAAGAGCAGCAGCUGUACCAGGACGACCUGAUCGGCCUCCGCGCCCUCGACAAGAAGGGCAGGCUGCACCUGCUCACCUGCCCCGGGCGGCACAUGGAGAUUGGCGGCGACGGCGAGUGCGGGGACAAGGUGCUGGAGAAGUGGGUCGGGUGGAGGGCGUAGAGCGUACGCCGAGCCGCUGAGCGCAACAAGGCGUGUGUGCGCGGCGUGAACAUCGCGCGCGCGUGAGGACAUUGUAAUCGAUGUACAGAUUGUCGGAAUAUGCUACAACUCUGCUACGCUG